UUCGGAGCCAGCGCGUCCCUUGCAGCAUAACAAUAAACCAGAAGAUCUGGUAUCCGGAGAAAAAACCUAUAGAUCGCUUGGGAAUCAAGCAGCGACGUUCCGAUACGCACUUCCUGACCAUCUGUGACCCGGCGGCAGAAUGCCUUAUCAAAUCUCCGUACAGACGGCCUCCUGGUGCAAUCGCCAGUCGUGGACCAAGCUCGCGCGCAUCCCGACCUAAUGCUGCGAUAAAGAAAUAACGAAGAGAUGUGGACUAAAACAAUACGCAGUUCAGUGACAAAAUAAUGUGUGAUCCGUUACAAUGGGCGAUUUGCUUCCAAGUAUAGCCAAGAGCACUUUGGCCAGUGAUGUAGAACAGAACUGGAGUGUAGGGCUGGAUUCGUACAGCACUGAUGAGGAGUUGGCGGCAGUGGAACUUUUCAAGGACUACCCUGAUGGGCUGCUGCGGUUUGCGUCGGUAUGCUGUGUGCUGUUUAUGCUGGUCGGCAUUCCGGGGAACUUGAUCACCAUCGUUGCUCUUGCGCGUUGUAAAAAGGUACGCAAUGCAACGGCGGUGUUCAUAAUGAACCUGUCCUGCUCGGACUUGCUGUUCUGCUGCUUCAACCUGCCGCUUGCUGCUUCGACGUUCUGGCAACGCUCCUGGGCCCAUGGACGCACCCUGUGCAGAAUGUUUCCUCUCGCCAGAUAUGCUCUUGUAGCAGUAUCCCUGUUCACCGUACUCGCUAUCACUAUCAACAGAUACGUCAUGAUAUCACACCCGAGGCUUUAUCCUAAGCUAUACAAAAGACAAUAUUUGGCUAUUAUGGUAGCUAGCACGUGGGCGUUCUCAUUCGGAGCACUCAUCGCUACUUGGCUCGAAGAAUGGGGCCGCUUUGGUUUAGACCCUUCAAUAGGAUCCUGUUCUAUACUGCCAGACCGCAACAACCGUUCGCCGAAGGAAUUCCUAUUCGUUGGAGCAUUCAUGCUGCCUUGCCUAGCCAUAGUGAUAUGCUACGCUCGCAUAUUUUGCAUAGUAAGAGAAGCUGCUCGGAGAUCGCGGGCUCCAGAUCGUGUGAGACCCAGACCUGGUUUAGAGGACUCUGCCGUUGGUUCUGCAUCCACAGCGCUAGAACGAUCUCCAGGCCCGGAGAACGGAUAUAACAAUCAUAUAGCAGCACCUCCUCGAAAGAUCCUACUGGUCCCACCUACAUUGCAUUGUCCGCCUACCCCAGCCCCAGAGCGAUCGUCCUCAUCCGGCGUCGAUACGUUGGAUGGCCACGAUGACGAGUGCGCUCUCGAUGCAAAACCGAGGACUCCUUUAAGCGGCAAUACAACAAAGAGACUCCGACAAGCGGCGGUUGCACUCAGACGCUCACCAGCACCAGCUAGAUCUCCAAGAUUAACACCGAAAGAUAGGAAACUAUUGAAGAUGAUCAUGGCUAUCAUGAUUUCGUUCUGGGUGUGCUAUCUACCGAUAACAGUGACGAAGCUAUUCAGGGAGUUCACAUCGCAGCCGGCGCUGAAUAUAGCGGGAUACAUUCUCAUAUAUUUAACGACGUGCAUCAACCCCAUUAUCUAUGUAGUGAUGUCUAGUGAAUAUCGUCAGGCGUAUAAGAAUCUACUAAUGUGCAGGAGGAGAGCGUGACGAUCGCCCGGCGAAGGCGUUUCGGAAAAACGCCCGCCGUAACUAAAAUUCUAUGAAUACAGUAAGAUAAAUAAAAAGUGACAUUUACGCAUAUUCAUAAUCGAGCAAAGGUUAGGUUCUGGUGAACCGAACAUUGAACCUAUUUAUUUCCUAAAAUGUAUUACUCAUUUGUAUGAAUGUAAUUUAUAUGUAUGAAUGUCAAUGUUUUGUACAUAAAAUACGAUAAAAUAGCGAGCCGUCCGUGAUUGUGCUAUACGAAAGAUGUGAGAGUAAAUUGAUAAGUAACAAAAAAAGCAAACAAUGAACCCCAAUAAAUAUUUGAUAAUAAUAUGUAAUUGUUAAAUAACGUUUAUCAAACUUUACGAAAUAGGUGAUUAUAAGUAAUGGAACAUCAUUUCGAAACAACUUAUCAUCGCAUCGAUAACGAAAUUGUUGUGUACAUAGUUACUAAUAACUUUGUAAUUUAUAUAUUAUGUCAGUUCAAAGUAGGUACGAAACUAACUAUGAAAAUAUACUACAAUUUAUAUAAUCUAAACGAUGUAGCUGUACAGCUUUGUACAAUGUUAAAUGUUUACCACAUUCCUGAAUAUUACUUAUCCUUGUAUUUAUAUAAAUGUAGUAAUUACCGUUGCAUUAAUUAUUGUAUCAUGUUAAACAAUAAUCUGAAU